AUGUCUGCUCGGCAACCACCAUGGUCUCCACCGACCCCGAAGACGGAGGAGCCUGUACUGAAGGUGUACAAUUCGCUGACACGGACGAAAACUGAGUUCGUGCCCUCUGAGGGGCGGCAUGUAAAGUGGUACAAUUGCGGUCCUACCGUUUACGAUGCAUCGCAUAUGGGCCAUGCUAGGAACUACGUCACGCAGGACAUCCUCAGGCGGAUCAUGACGGAUUACUUCGGAUACGACGUUCACUUUGUUAUGAACAUUACAGACAUCGAUGACAAAAUUAUCCUACGUGCACGGCAAACACAUUUGGUGAACGUAUUUCGCGCGGAGACCACAGCUCUGUCUCCGACUCUAAUAGACCAAGUACAAGAAGCUUGGGCCGCGUACCUAGACUCGAAGGUCGGUAAAGGGAUAUCAGAAGCGGAACGUCCGAGUAAAGGGAAAGAGAGAGAAACAUGGCCGCAAAUUGUAGAGCAAUUCAACAACAAGACGUGGCGGCAAGACGGCCUGAAACGGGAUGAGAAGUUCGAAAUGCACUUCUUUGCCGCGAAUCGUGCAUAUUCUGCGCUUUUAGCAGCGGAAGAAUCCCUCAAGUCCGGUGCUACCGGGCAGGACGUCGCUCAUACACUCAUAGAUGAAUCUAGGGAUAUCCUAGCAAUAUCAUUAGACAAACAGUACGGAAGCUCCAUAACAGACCAUUCAAUAUUUCGGUCCCUCUCCUCUUACUGGGAAGGCAAGUUCUUCGAGGACAUGCGCCGCCUACGCGUGCGUGAUCCAGACACGCUCACACGCGUGACUGAGUACGUUCCCGAGAUCGUGUCAUUUGUUGCAGGGAUCGUCCAGAACGGGUACGGCUACGUAGUCGACGGCAGCGUGUACUUCGACACGCGCGCGUUCGACAAGGCAGAUAAUCACCACUAUGCCAAACUAGAACCAUGGAGCAAGGGCAAUAAGGAGCUGCUAGAAGAGGGCGAAGGCGCACUGUCCGUAGCAACGGGGCGCCGCUCGGGGGCCGACUUCGCGCUGUGGAAGGCGUCGAAGCCCGGUGAGCCUUCGUGGCCGUCCCCAUGGGGCGAUGGCCGUCCCGGGUGGCAUAUUGAGUGCUCUGUGAUGGCCUCUGCGGUGUUCGGUGACAAUAUGGACAUCCACUCCGGGGGUGUUGACCUUGCAUUCCCGCACCAUGACAAUGAGAUGGCACAGUCAGAAGCCUACCACGAAUGCGGGGCAUGGGUAAACUAUUUCCUACAUACUGGGCAUUUACACAUCGAGGGGCUCAAGAUGAGCAAGUCUUUGAAGAAUUUCAUCACCAUAGACGAGAUUCUCCAAAAAUAUACAGCGCGACAACUCCGCCUGGCCUUCCUGACACAAACUUGGAAUGCGAAGGUCGACUUCUCGGAGUCACUCAUGACCGGUGAAGUGCGAAAUUUGGAGUCGACCCUGAACAACUUCUUCACGACGGUCAGAGCUCGCAUAAGCCGGGCUCAGGUGGACGGCCCGCAUCUAGAUGGAAAGAAUCAGUACCAGCAAGCGGAACGUGAGACAACCAACGCUUUCCAUCACAGCCAGAGGGCGUUCCGGGAAGCGUUAUGCGACUCAUUUAACACCUCAGAGGCGCUGAACGUCCUUCGCGACCUGGUCUCGCGCACCAACGUGUACAUCAACUCGCGCGGCACGAAUCUCGACGUAAGCGUUGUGGAGCGGAUCGCGCGUUGGGUGGGUCAGAUGCUACGCAUGUUUGGGCUGGGCGAGGGCAAGCCCUUCGAGAUCGGUUGGGGCCAGGAGCGUGAGGGGGUGGAAGUAAUCGUGAACCGCGAGGAAAUUCUUAUGCCUUAUCUGCGGACGCUCUCGUCCUUCCGGGAUGGUGUGCGAAAGCUCGCGAUUGCGAAGGGCGACGAGGCCCUCCAGGACAUCCUGGCGCUCUCUGACAAACUCCGAGACGUCGAUCUCGUACCCUUGGGCGUUGCAUUGGAUGAUCAGGAAGAUGGCAAGGCGUUGGUUAAGUUGGUUUCCCCUGAAGACCUGAUGAAGGCCCGCGACGAGAAACGAGUCCAGGCCGAGGCGAAGGCGGCGAAGAAGGCCGCGGCAGUGGAAGCCGAGCGACAGAAGCGACUGCAGAAGUUUGAGAGAGGUCGUGUGCCUCCGGAACUUAUGUUCAAAUCUCCAAACGUGCCUGAGGGCAGCUACGGGAGUUGGGAUGAGGCCGGCCGUCCGCUGACUGACGGAAAGGGCAAGGAGUUGAGUAAGAACCAAGGGAAGAAGGUUCAGAAAGAGUGGGCGCUGCAGAAAACACUGCACGAAGAGUUCCUCGAGUGGCAGAAGUCUAAGCCACAGUGA